AAGGCGGCUUUGAGGCGUAUGUUUGUUCAUGAGGAGUGGACUUCCUCAUCCUAUGCUACGACCACUGCAGGGAUAGAUGUGGUAAAUUGCAUUUUUGAUGAGUCAGGUUUUUGGACCCCCUGUGGAGAAACCGUGCAGGUCACUGAGCCCCUCGUAGUUCUCCUACGAGUUGUUGAUGGGGAGAAGCCCUCUAUGGGCUAUAUAUAUGAGGGUAUGGAUAGGGCCAAGGAGGCCAUUAGGUCCAUAUAUGCAGGAGAUGAGGAUAAGUAUGGCCCCAUUUGGGAGAUUAUUGAUAGGAGAUGGCAGAACCAGCUUCACAGGCCCAUCCAUGCAGCAGCCUAUUACCUCAAUCCGGCAUUUCGAUUCCGUGAUGACUUCAAGGCAGAUGAGGAGGUUCUUAGUGGCCUGUAUACAGUGGUUCAAAAGUUGUGUACUGAUGGCACAACCUCAAGAACAACGCUCCAGCUGGAUAAAUAUAAUAAUCGAGAAGGGGCAAUCUUCUCAAGCAGCAUGUGCAUAGAGGCUCGAACACAAUUGCAGCCAGAUAGAUGGUGGCAAAUGUUUGGGCCCUCAACCCCAAACCUUCAAAAAAUUGCCAUCCGUAUUUUGAGCCAGCCAUGCAGCGCUUCUGGAUGUGAGCGCAAUUGGUCCAUGUUCGAGCACAUCCAUUCGAAGAGGCGUAAUAGAUUGUCUAUGGAGAGGUUGAAUGAUCUUGUUUUUGUUCAUUACAACCUCCGUCUUAGGACCAGACAGAUUUUGGACACUGACUCCUCUCCGAUCACUUUAGCGGAGAUCGAUCCAGAGUCUGAGUGGAUCACUGAGUCUACCGAUCCCGUCUUCACUGAGGAGGACCAUGAGUGGGUUGACCAGGCAGACAGAGAGGCUGAGGCUGUGGCUAUGGCAGAGGAGGAGGAUAGAGCACGAUCCGGCACAGGCACCUCACAGGCGGAGACUAUGGCUUCUCAGUCAUCCAGGACCUACCUUAGACGCAUUUGUAGGAGGCAGACAAACUACUCUGAGGCUCAGGAUGAGCUAGAGCCUGAGCCAUAGACUUGUUUUUGUUUACAGUUAUAUAUAUGUUUGGGAACAUUUGAUGUCAUGGAUUUUAUAUACAUUUGACAACAUUUAUAACUCUAUAUAUCUAUGUUUUCUAUUUCCUUCA